GCGGAAGGUCGCCGUUCUCGGCGCCGCCGGUGGCAUCGGGCAACCUUUAUCCCUCCUCAUGAAGCUCAACCCUCUUGUCUCCCACCUCUCCCUCUACGAUAUCGCCGGAACUCCCGGCGUCGCCGCUGACGUCAGCCACAUCAACACCAGAUCUGAGGUCAAGGGUUACGCCGGUGAAGAUCAGCUCGCUCAAGCCUUGGAGGGAGCCGACGUCGUAAUCAUACCCGCUGGUGUGCCCCGAAAGCCCGGCAUGACCCGAGACGAUCUCUUCAAUAUUAAUGCCGGUAUCGUCAAGGGUCUCACUGCCGCCAUCGCCAAGUACUGCCCCAAUGCACUGAUUAACAUGAUUAGCAACCCAGUCAACUCUACGGUCCCGAUUGCGGCCGAGGUGUUGAAGAAAGCCGGGAAAUACGACGAGAAGAGGUUGUUUGGUGUCACUACUCUUGAUGUGGUCAGGGCUAAGACUUUCUAUGCUGGCAAAGCCAAUGUUAAUGUUGCUGAGGUUAAUGUACCAGUCGUUGGUGGCCAUGCUGGCAUCACCAUUCUCCCACUAUUUUCUCAGGCUACCCCAACAGCAAAUUUGCCUCAUGAUGUUAUCAAGGCUUUGACAAAAAGAACGCAAGAUGGAGGAACAGAAGUUGUGGAGGCUAAGGCUGGAAAGGGAUCUGCAACAUUGUCAAUGGCCUAUGCUGGAGCUCUUUUUGCUGAUGCUUGUCUGAAGGGACUUAAUGGGGUCCCCGAUGUUGUGGAAUGUUCGUUCGUGCAAUCAAGCGUUACUGAACUUCCUUUCUUUGCUUCUAAGGUGAGGCUUGGAAGGAAUGGUGUGGAGGAAGUUUUGGGGUUGGGUAAUCUCUCAGACUUUGAAAAGGAAGGAUUGGAAAGCCUAAAGCCUGAGCUCAAAGCAUCUAUUGAGAAGGGUAUCCAGUUUGCCAACCAGAAUUAGUGUAAUGUAUUAUUAGUGCAUUGGGGAUGGAGGUUAUCUACCCAUCCUGAUAGUAACCCUUCCAAAUUUUGCAUUUGUCCAAGUAGUGUUAUAUUUUUAGUGCUGCCAGCAGCACGGGCACCGGCUUUACUGUUUUUAUUGGAGUAAGCUCUGAUAGACAAAGGUUUUAUCAAUAAUCCCCAGUGGCAUGUGCGGGGCUAUUUGAACUUGAAUGAAAAUGUUUCAUUUAUUCAAGGAAUGGAAAGUUGAUUACUGUUUAGUCA